AUGUUUUUGAGCAAGGACCAGAUCCUCGAACAAUGCCCAUGUACAGUCAGUAUCUCGGAUGACAUAGCUGUGGUAGGCAAGAACACCGAAGAACACGACAAAAACCUUAAAACUCUUAUGGAAAAAGCAAGAGAACAUGGCCUUGUCUUCAAUCCAGGCAAGUGUAAGAUUCGUACCAAAAUAAUUAAAUUAUAUGGUAUUGUUGUCGGUGCUGAAGGUGUGCAUCCUGACCCGAACAAAGUAAAGGACAAGAAAAGAAAUAAAACAGCCUCAAGACCCCAGUUACACGAAUUCUUAGGAAUGGCGACUUACAUGAGCCUUUUCAUACAAAACGUGAAACAACAUUCCGCUCCCUUGGAAGAAUUGAUCAAGAAAGGUCUUCAACCAAAUCAAAGAUAUUAUAUGCAAGAGAAUUACGCUCACUUAUUUUGA